AUGGCUCCCAAGGUCGGUAUCAACGGCUUCGGUCGUAUCGGACGUAUUGUCUUCCGUAACGCCAUCAACUCUGGUGACGUCGAGGUUGUUGCCGUCAACGACCCCUUCAUUGAGACCCACUAUGCUGCCUACAUGCUCAAGUACGACAGCACCCACGGCCAGUUCAAGGGUACCAUCGAGACCUACGACCAGGGCCUCAUUGUCAACGGCAAGAAGAUCCGCUUCUUCGCUGAGCGUGACCCCGCUGCCAUCCCCUGGGGCCAGGAGGGCGCUGACUACGUUGUCGAGUCCACUGGUGUCUUCACCACCCAGGAGAAGGCCUCCGCUCACUUGAAGGGUGGUGCCAAGAAGGUCAUCAUCUCUGCUCCCUCUGCCGAUGCCCCCAUGUUCGUCAUGGGUGUCAACAACACCGAGUACAAGAAGGACAUCAACGUUCUCUCCAACGCCUCUUGCACCACCAACUGCCUUGCUCCCCUCGCCAAGGUCAUCAACGACAACUUCGGUAUCGUUGAGGGUCUCAUGACCACCGUCCACUCUUACACCGCUACCCAGAAGGUCGUCGAUGCCCCCUCCAACAAGGACUGGAGAGGUGGCCGUACCGCUGCCCAGAACAUCAUCCCCAGCUCUACUGGUGCUGCCAAGGCUGUCGGCAAGGUCAUUCCUUCCCUCAACGGCAAGCUCACCGGUAUGGCCAUGCGUGUCCCCACCGCCAACGUUUCCGUUGUCGACUUGACCUGCCGCCUCGAGAAGGCCGCCUCCUACGACCAGAUCAAGCAGACCAUCAAGGCUGCCUCCGAGGGCGAGCUCAAGGGUGUUCUCGGCUACACUGAGGACGACAUCGUCUCCUCCGACUUGAACGGUGACGACCACUCCUCCAUCUUCGAUGCCAAGGCCGGUAUCGCCCUCAACCCCAACUUCGUCAAGCUUGUCUCCUGGUACGACAACGAGUGGGGUUACUCCCGCCGUGUUGUUGACCUCAUCUCCUACAUCGCCAAGGUCGACAGCCAGUAG